ACUUCGAGCCUCCCGCCCACCGUUGUCCCUCCUGUACUGAUGCACCCUGUCUGCUGGGGCCCAGCAAGCAGAGAUGGUGUAGAACACUCUCGGCCGGAUACCGAACGCUCAAGUGGGCACCCUCACAAGACUCGGACUUCAUACUCAACGACAGUUAACAGGACAAGUAUGGAUAACAAGGCGUUGGAACCUGACUCUGUGAGUAUUUCCAUGGAGGCCAGUGUCAUUUGUAAUGGAGGUACUCAGAAACAGGAGACUUCCAUGUUGAAGCCGAAGAAGGUUGAGAACCAGAUCACCGAAGCACAGCGCUUCACCCACCUACCCAAACGCUCACCGGUGGAUCUUGAGUUUAUUGACAUCUCUUACACCAUUCAGGACGGAUCGUGCUGUAGGAGGAGAGGAGUCAAAGCCUUAUUGAAAUGCAUGUCUGGGAAAUUCUGCAGUCGAGAGCUUGUAGGAAUCAUGGGUCCCUCUGGUGCUGGAAAGUCUACCUUAAUGAACAUUUUAGCAGGAUACAGGGAAACAGGAAUGAAGGGUCAGAUUCUUGUAAAUGGGAGACCCAGGGACCUGAGGUCAUUUAGGAAAAUGUCAUGCUAUAUAAUGCAGCAAGACAUGCUACUGCCACAUCUCACUGCACGAGAAGCCAUGAUGGUGUCAGCCAACUUGAAGCUCAGCGAGUCUAUGGAUGUGAAGAAAAAACUGGUGAAUGAGAUUCUGAUUGCCUUGGGGCUUCUUGACUGUGCUCAUACUCGUACCAGCGCACUAUCAGGUGGUCAGUGCAAAAGGCUCGCCAUUGCCCUUGAGCUGGUCAACAAUCCACCAGUCAUGUUUUUUGAUGAGCCUACCAGUGGCUUAGACAGCGCAUCAUGUUAUCAGGUAGUGUCCCUAAUGCGUUCUUUAGCACUGGGAGGAAGGACUAUCAUCUGCACUAUCCACCAACCAAGUGCAAAACUUUUUGAGAUGUUUGACAAGCUCUACAUUCUUGGUCAGGGUCAAUGUAUCUACAAAGGCACAGUCCCCUACCUCAUCCCCUAUUUGAAGGGACUGGGACUUUACUGCCCUACCUAUCACAACCCUGCAGACUUCAUCAUUGAAGUGGCAUCAGGAGAAUAUGGAGAUUUGAACCCUGUUUUGUUUGAAGCAGUCCAAGGAGGAAUGUGUGCCAUAGAAGAGAAGAAGAACCAGUGCGAUAACAAUGGUUCAUUGGUCUGUACCUCAAAACUCUCCAAGGAUACUGGACACAUAGCGAGACAUACUUUUGCCACAAGCACACUGACACAGUUCUGCAUCCUCUUCAAGAGAACCUUCAUAACUAUUUGUCGAGACCAGGUUUUGACCCACCUCAGACUGAUGUCCCACAUUGCCAUAGGUGUGUUGAUAGGCUUGCUGUAUCUGAACAUUGGUAAUGAUGCCAGCAAGGUGUUUAACAACACUGGAUUUCUCUUCUUCUCAAUGCUUUUCCUCAUGUUUGGAGCGCUCAUGCCAACUGUCUUAACCUUUCCUCUGGAGAUGUCAGUGUUUCUGAGAGAGCAUCUGAACUACUGGUACAGCCUGAAAGCCUAUUAUCUGGCCAAGACCAUGGCUGAUAUUCCAUUCCAAGUGAUCUGCCCCAUCAUGUACUGCAGCAUCGUGUACUGGAUGACAGAGCAACCUCCCGAGGUCAGCCGCUACCUCCUCUUCAUCGCUCUGUCCAUUUGCACUUCUCUAGUAGCCCAAUCACUCGGCCUGCUUGUUGGCGCCGCCUCCACCUCACUGCAGGUGGCCACAUUUGUUGGACCAGUCACAGCCAUCCCAGUGUUGCUUUUCUCUGGAUUUUUUGUGAACUUCGACACAAUUCCGAAGUACCUGCAGUGGAGCUCCUAUGUGUCAUAUGUCAGGUAUGGCUUUGAAGGAGUGAUUCUGUCUAUCUACGGGAUGAAUCGUUCGGAGCUGGAGUGUCCAGGCAAGACGUGUCGCUUCCAGCAGCCCAAAGAAGUUCUUGAGCUGUUGGACGUAGAAGACGCCAAGCUCUACGUUGAUUUCAUCGUCCUGGGUGUUUUCUUUAUCGUUCUGCGGUUAGCCACCUACCUUGUCCUCCGGUAUAAGAUAAAAGCUGAGCGGUAGCUUGUCUUCCAGAAGGUUUGUACUGUUUCCAUUCUAGACCAGGCCAUCAUUCUCAUUACAUAAAAGAACCUCUUACGUUUUUUUUUUUUUUUUUUUUUUUUUUUUUUAACUAUAUGCAUUGCUGCUAAAAUACAUCCUGAAGGUGUCAACUGUAUUUCAUUGUUAGUUUGGAUUACCUCAACGCAACAGACUUCUUCUUCUUUUAUUUUGUAUUUUUUUGAAACACAUCAGCAGUUCAAUCAGGGCCCCUCAACAGCGCAUAAACAUAUUUUUUGAACAUUAAGCUGGGUGUGCACAUGGAUUGUUUCCACUCAGUGUAAUGGGGAUACAGGUCAAGCCUCCCUUGGAAAAAUAUAAGUGUACACAACGUUGUUUAAGUUUGUUUUCAUUUGACUAAAUGACUUUAGGAAUCACCUAAUUCUUUAUGCUGGA